AUGUGUGCACGAUAUAAUCCAGACUAUGCGUCUAAUUAUCCGGAAGCCCCGUUUUACCCCAAUUAUCCUUCUUAUAGUCAAGAAUACCCCUCCUCAGUACAGAGAGCAAGUGACAACACAGGUGGGACACAUGGACCAUUUGUUCAAAAUCCCUUCAUUCCCGAUUUGGCUGUUCGCUAUGGGUCAGCCAUGUUUGGUGAAGGUGCAAACUAUGUGCAGAAGAAUGUGAACGAAUAUGUUAAUGUGAAUCGAUUAAAAUAUUAUUUCUCCGUUAACAAUUCCUACGUCGCUAAAAAAAUCGGAUUGGUCUUGUUUCCUUUUGCACACACAAAGUGGGCUUCCAAUUAUGACCCUGCUGGACCGGUACCUCCCGGUGAUGAUAUUAAUGCUCCGGACCUGUACAUACCGUUAAUGGCUUCUAUUACCUACAUACUUUUGAGUGGUGUUAUAUUUGGUCUCCAAAGUCGUUUUUCACCGGAAUAUCUUGGUAUUUUAGCAAGUGAAGCUUUUGGCUGGUUACUGCUUGAAGUUUUAUUGACUCUUUUCGGAAUCUAUAUCCUUAAUAUCCAGUCAAAUAUUUCUUACUUGGAUAUAGUUGCAUACUGUGGAUACAAAUUUGUCAGUAUGAUUAUAGUCUUGAUUAGUUAUGUUGGAUUGAAUCAACCAGGCUAUUAUUUCAGUUUAUUGUAUGUUAGUUUGGCACUGGCAUUUUUCCUUAUAAGAAGUCUUAAGCUCAAAAUUCUUCCACAUGCAGAAGCAUAUCCAUCAGAGUGUAAUAAACGUCGGAUUUAUUUAUUAUUACUUAUUGCACUAGUUCAACCAUUAGUCAUUUGGUGGUUGACACGUCGUGUUGUACUGUAA